GGAGGGGCAAGUGGCCCGGUUUCCUGGCGACGCGGUGUGCUGGCGGCUGUUUUCCUGGAUUCUGCCUCUUUCCUUUCCUGACGCGUGAGCUAGGUCGAUAUGCCUUGGCUGCUCUCAGCUCCCAAGCUGGUUCCUGCUGUAGCCAACGCCCGCGGCCUCUCAGGAUGCAUGUUGUGUUCACAGCGAAGAUACUCCCUCCAGCCUGUGCCAGAGAGGAAGAUUCCAACCCGAUACCUAGGCCAACCCAGCCCCUUUACACACCCACACCUUCUCAGACCAGGGGAGGUGACUCCAGGACUAUCUCAGGUAGAAUAUGCACUUCGCAGACACAAACUGAUGUCUCUGAUCCACAAGGAAUCACAAGGGCACAGUGGGACUGACCAGACAGUAGUUGUGCUCUCCAACCCAACAUACUACAUGAGCAACGAUAUCCCCUAUACUUUCCACCAAGACAACAAUUUUCUGUACCUGUGUGGAUUCCAAGAGCCUGAUAGCAUUCUGGUUCUUCAAAGCCUCCCUGGCAAGGAACUACCAUCGCACAAAGCCAUGCUUUUUGUGCCUCGGAGAGACCCCAGUCGAGAACUUUGGGAUGGCCCACGGUCUGGCACUGAUGGAGCAAUAGCUCUAACUGGAGUAGAUGAAGCCUAUACACUAGAAGAAUUUCAGCAUCUUGUACCGAAACUGAAAGCUGAGACGAACAUGGUUUGGUAUGACUGGAUGAGGCCCUCUCAUGCACAGCUUCACUCUGACUACAUGCAGCAUCUGACGGAGGCCAAAGCCAGGAGCAAGAACAAGGUUCGGGGUGUCCAGCAGCUGGUACAGCGCCUCCGACUGAUCAAAUCUCCUGCAGAAAUUGAACGAAUGCAGAUUGCUGGGAAGCUGACAUCACAGUCAGUACCAUACAGGUUUAGAAAGGUUCAAGGGUUCACUGCACCUCAGGCAGAACUCUAUGAAGCUGUUCUAGAGAUCCAGAGAGACUGUCUGACCCUGUGCUUCCCAGGGACAAGCUUGGAGAACAUUUACAGCAUGAUGCUGACACUGAUAGGACAGAAGCUUGAAGAGUUAGGGAUCAUGAAGAAUGUUAAAGAAAAUAAUGCCUUCAAGCUUGGGCAGCAGAAAGCCAUAGGCAUUUAUAUUCCAGAGGAUGACAGAGAUGCCCCAGAGAAGUUUCGGGGUCUUGGUGUACGAAUUGAGGAUGAUGUAGUUGUGACUCAGGACUCGCCUCUGAUCCUUUCUGCGGAUUGUCCCAAAGAGAUGAAUGACAUUGAACAGAUAUGCAACAGGGCCUCUUGACCUUCAUCACAGCCCACAUGCAUCUCCGGUUGAAGAGGGUGUGCGCUGGCUUCCCUGCACACGUGCUAAGUGCCUCUGUGUGUACGCUUAGACACGUGUUCCAUCUGGGAGUGUGCAGCAGCUGUAUGAAUGUAUAUAAUGAUGUAUGUGGGGUUUUUUAAGCAAAUAGAAAUCUAGAAAAAUGAA